UUUAUAAAAGUGCGGGUAACCAGAUGGUAACUUCAGGCUGCAAAAUCUUCCAUAGGCCAAAGGAUAUACUGGAGAGAGAGAGAGAAUUAGAGGGAGAAAGUGCACGAGAGAGAAGGAGAGGGAGAAAGAGAGAGAGAGAGAGUUUGUGUAUUCCGAACUGCUGCAUAUGUGUCUGUAGCAUUGAUUACAGGAAGUCGUAGAGGGAGACCCAGACGUUGGAGGAACAAGGAGCCAGAAACGCAACUGCUAUGAGAGAAGAGCAGAGCUACAGCGACUUCCCAGAGGGCCGUGCGCUCCCCAGCGACGAGAGGACAGAACGGCACCCCAACAAGUGCCCCGUUGUCAUCACCCCUCAAGGGUCUGGGGGGCGAAAACGAGUGACCAGCCCCAAGAAGGAGGGCGGCGGGCAUCCGCCCCAUGAGGGCAAAACCUCCCCUGAGGGAGCCUCCAGCCUGACCCCAUCUGGUCCCAAGCGUCCCAAAAAGAGCUCUCCCUCGUCCUCGUCCUGCUCGACGCUGGUGCCGGUGUCGGCGGCCAUACCUGCCCUUCCCGGGCAGCCGUUCGAGGACGUGCACUCGCAGAGGGUCAUCGCCAACGUACGGGAGAGACAGCGCACGCAGUCGCUCAACGACGCCUUCGCCUCACUACGAAAGAUAAUCCCCACGCUGCCGUCGGACAAACUCAGCAAGAUCCAGAUCCUGAAACUGGCCUCGCGCUACAUCGACUUCCUGUACCAGGUGCUGCAGAGCGACGAGAUGGACGCCAAGCUGGCCAGCUGCAACUACCUGGCCCACGAGAGGCUCAGCUACGCCUUCUCUGUCUGGAGGAUGGAGGGAGCCUGGUCCAUGUCUGCCACCCACUAAUCGGACGCCUCCACCCUCCGGAGGCCCCAAAACUCUUAGUUAAUCGUUCCCGCUCUCUUAGUUAUAAACUGACUGCUCCGCUUGGCGGUUCCUCUCGGACCGCUGUCUGACCUCUCUGUCUCAUGUUCGUCACUCAGUAGCCACAUCACCUGUCCAGUGAAGCUCCUUCUUAACCAAACACCUUUCUUCUGCUCCACCUCCAUCUUUCUCACCACAACCCCCCUACAGACUCCCAGCAUAACCCCUCCCCGCCUCCGGCACAUCUCUGCUUCUGCCCUGGAAUGUGCAGACUGACUCCACCAACACUCAAAACAACACUCGAAUUCAUCCUUGAUUUCAACUACAGAAGGGAGCAGCUGGAUAUCCUGCACCCAGUCGGCAGACCCUCAGAGACCCCAGAGCUCACUGCUACCUGGAUAGCAGUGUUCCUCUCAGUUUGAAGAACUUCUGACAUGAGCUUUGUAACAUUCCUUGAGGUUGUUAAUGAGGACUCUGGCUGUAGACGAGUGCACAUGGAGAACCGAGCUUUGAGAUCAGCACCUUCAGACUGCUGCGCGCAACACCCGAUCAUAUGCUGGGUUAUAAUGGGUUAAAGUGUGUAAACUUUGGGCUUGUCAUUCAUACUGUGUAUUAAAUAUGAAAUCAAUAUGUUAUGUGCCAUACAUUUUGCAAUGGAUUUUUGGAUUUUCAAAAUUAUAUAUUUUGUAAGUUUAAGAAAAUAAAAUAUUUUAAAUACUAGAAGAAAAAAUAUUUAGUUCUCAACAUUUUACUGAUUGAUAAAUGAUAAAUGGCUAUAUUCAUUUUAUGUACAUUACUGCAUAAUCUUAAAUUGUAAUCUGACAUUUUUUUUGCUUGUGUUGUGUUAACGAGGUGAGAUAAGAUCUCGUUAAGACCCAGACAUCCCUAAUGACUUAAUUAAGAUGACAUGCCACCUGAGUCAGACUUUACGUGCAUAUAAACCUGUUUUUCCCUCCUUUUCGUGGUUAGAAGCAUCAGUGCAUUAACGUCUGGGGUCAAUAACGUCUGGAGAAUGCUCGCCAAGCUCGAACACACCUUAUUCUCCUGUUCACUUCUAGUGUGAUGAGAAACUUGGUCCUUUCCGGGGUUGUAGUCAGGCCUACUGAAGAAGUUUUUCCAAGUUUCUCUUCAAAGGUCUUGACCUUCAGCAUAACAUCCAAAUGAACACACAUUGGGGCCCCAGAGUGAGUCCAGAUGCUCAGUCAUCACUCUGGUAACUACACACAUUUCAUGUUAGUUUCACUGUGUUCACUGAAUAACUCACAACAGUAACUAAAUAUGCAUUAGGUUAAUAACCAAGCAAUAAACCUGCAGUCUGAGAGUUUAAGGAAGUGAUGUCGUAUGUACAAUUUAUGGAUUAAUAUUGUAUUGAAAUCGGUCACCAGAUAAAAUAAAAACAUGUUAAAAUGAAUCGGAUCGGUACUAACAAAGAGCUGCUAAGUCAUCUGGUUUCUGAUUAAAUCAGUUCACUUUCCAUAAGUGGAAAGUUGCAUCUAUUUGGUUUUACAAAGUUUUGUUAAAUAGAGAUGUCAUUAAAAUUCAAAUGAAUUUGUAAUUUUCCUGAAUAAUAGAU